GUUACGACUCAGCCGAGGCGUUAGUCGCGAUAUUUGUCUCAAUAGAAACAGAAAUCUGAGAACCCCUCAUUUCUCUCUCUCUCUCUCUAGGGUUUUGCCCUCCUCUUUAAAUGGCUGGGGGAUUCAGAGUUCUUCAUCUUGUCAGGCCAUUUCUGGCAUUCUUGCCUGAAGUUCAAAGUGCUGAUAGGAAAAUCCCAUUCAGAGAGAAGGUGAUCUAUACUGUAAUCUCUCUGUUCAUCUUCCUUGUUUGCAGUCAGCUUCCCCUAUAUGGCAUACAUUCGACAACUGGAGCAGAUCCUUUUUACUGGAUGCGUGUUAUUCUUGCAUCCAACCGUGGGACUGUUAUGGAACUCGGAAUUACGCCAAUAGUAACUUCAGGACUUGUGAUGCAACUCCUAGCCGGGUCAAAGAUCAUUGAAGUUGACAAUAGUGUACGUGAAGAUCGUGCUCUUCUAAAUGGUGCGCAGAAGUUACUUGGUAUACUCAUUGCAAUUGGAGAGGCAGUAGCAUAUGUUUUAUCUGGGAUGUAUGGUAGUGUCAACCAGCUUGGAACUGGGAAUGCUAUCCUUAUAAUUCUUCAGCUUUUCUUUGCUGGUAUCAUUGUCAUUUGUUUGGACGAGCUUCUCCAGAAAGGAUAUGGGCUAGGUUCCGGUAUCUCGUUGUUCAUUGCCACCAACAUCUGUGAAAAUAUUAUCUGGAAGGCAUUUAGCCCCACAACCAUAAACUCUGGACGGGGUGCUGAAUUUGAAGGUGCUGUUAUUGCCUUGUUCCAUUUGCUAAUAACUCGAACAGAUAAAGUCCGUGCUCUUCGCGAGGCUUUCUAUCGUCAAAAUCUUCCAAAUGUGACAAACUUACUAGCCACUGUAUUGGUGUUCCUCAUUGUUAUCUACUUCCAAGGUUUUCGUGUUGUUCUUCCUGUGAGAUCAAAGAAUGCCCGGGGACAACAAGGAUCUUAUCCGAUCAAGUUGUUUUACACCUCCAACAUGCCCAUAAUUUUACAGUCCGCACUUGUUUCUAAUCUGUACUUCAUUUCACAGCUACUCUACAGGAGGUUCAGCGGAAAUUUCUUCGUAAACCUUCUGGGCAAGUGGAAGGAAUCUGAGUAUUCUGGUGGUCAGUUCAUUCCUGUAGGUGGUCUUGCUUACUACAUUACCGCACCAUCAAGCUUGGCAGAUAUGGCUGCAAAUCCAUUCCAUGCACUUUUCUAUGUUGUCUUUAUGCUUACUGCUUGUGCUCUUUUCUCCAAAACGUGGAUAGAGGUGUCUGGUUCAUCAGCAAGAGAUGUUGCCAAGCAACUUAAGGAGCAACAAAUGGUAAUGCCUGGUCAUCGCGAGUCAAAUCUACAGAAGGAAUUGAACAGAUACAUUCCUACUGCUGCAGCUUUUGGUGGUAUGUGCAUUGGCGCGCUGACAGUCCUUGCAGAUUUCAUGGGUGCAAUUGGUUCAGGAACGGGUAUUUUGCUUGCUGUGACAAUUAUAUACCAGUAUUUUGAAACAUUUGAGAAGGAGAGAGCUACUGAGCUUGGUUUCUUUGGUCUGUGAUAUGUUUGCGUUCGCAUGGAACAAGAUAGUGAUUCCCACUGACAGUUUUGGUUAGGGGAGACAAAGGUUCCAGUUAAUCCUUAAUGUCAAGCUAGCUGGAGAAGUUGGGAAGAGUUGUAGAAUAUGUUAACCCUUUUAAAGGAGAGAGAAUAUGUUUGGUUCUGGUUAAUGAUGCAAGAAACUGAUGCUUUUUGGUUCCAUCAGGAUAUGUUACUAAUUGCCGUCUC